AUGGCACCGCCGCUGCCUAGGCGGUUUCGUGUGCCUGGUUUUGCACGUGACGUACAUGUAGAGAAUUACUUCACGGAACACCUGCCCGGCUGCACACCUGACCGAGGCGGUCCGGCAACCUCCCAAGCGCCCAGCAAACGACACGCAAACAGAGGGUACACCCGCAGUGAGACCCACGUCCCGGCCUCAGCCCUGCGCGGCCGGCGAGCCGAGAGGGGCCGAAUCCAAGGUAUGCCCUAUGGGAACUGUUUACUUCUCAGCGACGGUCCCGUCGAUAACAGCACUGGAAUCCCUUUCUUUUACGUGACACCGAAGGAUAACGCUGUGGCAGAUCUCCUGAAGAAUCCCGUGGCUUCUCUGACCCUGCCAGAGGCAGACGGAAAUUUCUGCAGAAAAAAUGUAAUUGAUCCGGAGGAUCCAAGGUGCGCCAGGCUGACUCUCACGGGACAGAUGGUCACAGUGCCUCCGGAGGAAGUGGAAUUUGCCAAGCAAGCAAUGUUUUCCAGGCACCCGGUAGUAAGAAAGUGGCCUCGCAGCUAUGAGUGGUUCUUCAUGAAAAUGAACGUUGAGCAUAUCUGGCUUCAAAGCUGGUAUGGAGAAGUUUCUGCCAUUGCAGUAGAAGAGUAUUUAAAAGCAGUUCCAAGUAAAGGAUGAUUGAAUGGGCUUCUAGAUAGAGAUCUUCUGAGUUUCCUUUCCAAACACUUUUAAAAUUUCAUGCUGGAUGG